AUGGGCAAACUCAACUUCGGUGAGGUAGCAGGGAGCUGGAAGCUGUUCAGCCCUGAGGAGAAGAGGAACAUUGCUAUCUACAUCCUGGGUAUUAUGUUAUACAAGUUUGGUCUUGAGGCAUUCAACGGUUCUAUUACAGCACUCGCUACUAACAGAUACGACUGGGAGGCCUGGCGAAGUGAUUCAUCAGCAAAGACCUUCGAGCGUGUUGGUCUGCUCCAGGGUCUUAACCAAGCAUUUCAAUGUGUGGGAUCAAUUUUGAUCGGCCCUCUCAUCAAGCGGUUCCCGACCAAGCUUGUUCUGGCCGUUGCUAUCUUCUGCUUCGGUCUUCUCACAGCCAUCCUCAUGAUUGUCGAUGCUUCUACUGGUGGAACUUUCAAGCCAGCUGGUUGGAGGGCAACCAAUGAAGACGACUUUGGCUACUACGGUUACUACAACACAGAUGCGAUCAUCCCGAUCUACUGCAUUUCGGGUAUUGCCUAUGGUAUGGUCGAAUUGAUCCGUCGUGUCAUUCCUAGAGAUAUUGUUGGUGGCAACGUUCAGAAGCUUCGUCGUAUGGACGCUUUGGUGCACAUUUUCUACGAAAUUGCUGGUACUGCUGGUGCUUUCUGCACAGCCUUGGCGUUGAUUCCUCGAUUCGGAAACAACUACAGCUUCAUCAUUACACCAAUCUUCUUUACUUGUGCAUCGAUUGUUUGGUUCUUCAUCAGCAACCUCAACUACACCAAGCGAACACACUUGGAGAAGGCGGAAAAGAAGAACUACUUCAUGCUGGUCGUGGAGGGGUUUCUCUUCUUCGGCAAGUCCGUGUACGUUGGUGGCAAGAUUCUCCUCACCAACAGGCGAUAUAUUUGGUUGCUUCCCGGUUACUCCGUUGCCCUCUAUGGCCACAGGUAUCUGGAAAAUGGUAUUGCUCCCCCUAUUGCACGACGAUACCUCGGAAACAGCGCGUGGUCACAAAUUAUGGUGGGAGGAAGUAACUUCGGUGAGUUGCUCGGUGCAGCGUUCGUCUUCGUCUUCACGAACUUCAUCCAAACACCAAUCCCAUGGCUUCGACUGGAUGCUUUGAGUUUACUCAUCGUAUGGUAUCUACCAUAUUGGUAUCCUUCACGAGGCAAUGUCAACGAGGCCUGGAAAGUGGCUGGAACCUUUAUUCCUAUUUCUUUCGGUUGGGCUGCAGGUGAUGUAUCCUUGGCUGCCUAUAUCCAAGCUUCCCUGGCAAGACUCGAAUCACAGCACACGGAUGUUUCCGCUCUUGGAUCCGUCAUGGCUUGCUUGUACAGCACAUAUAUCGUCAUUUAUGCGAUUGCCAACCCUCUACUCGGAAGAUAUAUCGACAGUGUCUAUACUGCGCAAAGAGACAUUCGACCAGCCAUCCGAAACAUCGCUGGCGUUCAAUUCACCAUCAUCUCGCUUGUUGUGUUCUCUUCCACCUUCAUUCCUAAGGGCGCCUUGGCUUUCAAUCCCCAGAUGCUCAACGACGAAGCUCUUGAUGUUGACCUCAAGAAGCCAGAUCCUCGUACUGACAGUGAUGACGAUCUCAAGGAACACUACCACAAUGGCACUAUUGAUGACCGACGAGGCAGUGUUACCCGCGCCAAUGUUGGUGUUGAAGAUGCCUUCAGCCCAGAUAUGUCUGUUAUCGCUAACCACGAGAAGACUACUCUCGACAAGGCCGGCGUGCGAGAAUACUAG